CUUCACUCCACAAAGCUACUGUACGAAAACGAUUUAUAUGUAGAAGAUAAACAACAGAAGUAGAUAUUAAGUUAUGCUGUAAAUUUUUCAAAGUGCACAACUCCUGCUAGACAACCUGUGAAAUUUCAAACGGCAAAAAUGUCAGACGGAAUAGCCAACCAGUUCCUGUUACCAGAGCGUCAGGCAAAAGUGAACCAGCUCAUUAGAAGGAUGGACCAUACAGAAGGCCCAAGGGAACAUGUUGCUGAAGCGCAAUACUGUAUUUGUCGGUCCACAGACUGCAGUCGUUUCAUGAUAGGCUGUGACAACUGCGAGGAGUGGUACCAUGGUGACUGUAUUGGAGUCACACAGUUAGAUGCCAGGUCUAUCAAACAAUUCUUCUGUGACAUGUGUAGAGAACAAAACCCCAGUCUUGAUAUCAAGUAUAAAUCAAAAAAGAAGAACAAAGAUAGAUUCACUUCCCAUCCUGUCAGUGAGAGAGAGGGUCUUAGACAGGAAUGGAAAUACAACGAAAAGGAAAAAUCAAGAAAAAAAUCCUCAAGGCGAUGUGGAGAAUGUAAAGCAUGUCAUCGCACAGAAGACUGUGGAAGAUGUGAUUUCUGUAAGGAUAUGAGAAAAUUUGGUGGUCCAAAUAAAAUACGUCAAAAAUGCAGGCUGCGACAGUGCCUGAAUUUCUGCCGUUUUCGUAAGAAUCAAGGGGGUUUGAAUAUGUCUGCAAAGAAACCUGAAAAAUCUCAACGUACUGUAACAUCAGAAACAGAAUCCAUGAGGACAAGCUUUUCUGGACGUUUUUCAGAAGAUGAUGAUGAUGAUGAUGAUUUCAUGGAUUUUGAAGAUGGUGGAGCCUCCGAAAAUAUUGAAAAACCUACAAAGACAAAGCCAGGGAGGAAAAGGAGCGAAUCAGGAUCACCACGGAAGAAAAAGAAAGAAAGCAAUAAACAUUCACCUACAAAGAAAAAACAGAAAUUAAAAGAUAAGGCAGGUUCAGAAAGGAAAAAGAAGCGUGGAGGAGAGGUAGAUGAUAUGCGAGAGGUAGAAGAUGAAGAACCACGUCAGUGUUUUGGACCAGGAUGUAUUGAACCUGCUCAAGCAAACUCUAAAUACUGUUCAGAGGAGUGUGGAAUGAAACUUGCCAAAAACCGUAUCUAUGAACUCUUGCCUCCGAAGAUCCAACAGUGGCAGAGCACACCUUGUGUUACGGAAGAAAACAACAAGAAAGCACUGGAGAAAAUUCGUCGUCAGCAACUAGAGGCACGACAUAAACUAGGGGAGCUUGAUCUGAGACAUCAGGAGCUGGACGCUCUCCUAGAGAGAGUCAAACACGCUGUAAUAGCCCCAGACCAGGAGGAGAAGGAACCAGAGGAUGAUACUGAAUACAGCAUGUACUGUGUUACGUGUGGUGCUGAACUCAACCAGAAGGGGGCCCUGAGACACAUGGAAAAAUGCUUUGCAAAGUUUGAGGCACAGACAUCGUUCGGCUCCAUUUACAAAACAAGGAUUGAAGGAAACUCAAUGUUUUGUGACUACUAUAACACUCAGCAAAAAGUUUAUUGUAAACGGCUGAAAGUCCUCUGUCCUGAACACACUAAGGAACCAAAGGUGGGACCAGAUGAGGUGUGUGGCUGUCCACUGGUUGUUAAUGUAUUUGAGGAGACUGGAGAAUACUGCAGGGCUCCUAAACGAAAAUGUAACAAACAUGUUGUGUGGGAGAAACUACGACGGGCUGAGAUAGACAUGGAAAGGGUCAGACAGUGGAUGGAAUUGGAUGACUUGUUUGAGCAAGAGCGCAACAUCCGUGUGUCGAUGGCGAACCGUGUGGGAGUACUGGGCCUCAUGUUACAUCAGACAUUGGAUCAUGACCCACUCAACCCCAUUAAACCUCCCGAAAUGAACUGAUCCCAUCUCGGUUUCAUUUCAGCCUUUGUAAUGAAUGGACUGUGUUCAUUUAGAUAUGCUGCACAUCAACUUCAACAGGUCUGUGACAGACUGAAAGAUAUUACAAAAUUUCUGCAUUUAUAGCUGAUACCUCCAUGGUUCAGGUGUAACAGCCCACAGAAAGAACAUACUUCCAGGGAUUUUGUUGAAUUGUUUACCAAGUAUCAACAUGUGAAAUUCCUUACCUCUGUUAAAUUCCUGACAUUUUUUUCUUUUGUUUUAUAAGGAUAUUCUCGUUUUUUAUCGCUAACAAAGGCUAUAAAAAUGGGAGUUAUAUCACAGUUAAGAACAAUCAUCACAAAAUUUUCAGUUGGUACAGCUUUGAUAUUGUAAGAGUCUGGAAACUUGCUACAACAGAAUCUUAAAAAAUUGUUCUUGUUUAUCUUUUUUUUUUUUGAAAACUUUGCGUAUAAAUGUUGCUGGAGAGUAUGAUUGUCUCAUUGUAAUGUUUACUUAAAAGUCAAAAUUCAAACCACUAUAAUGAUUAUCUGCCCAGGUAAUAACAGAUGCUUUACCAUGAGGAGAAGUCGGAAAAGCUGAAUUUUUUUGACAAAAAUUCAUAGCUGAAUGUGCAUAUUGCAUAAUCAGUCAAGAUCAUGGGUAGUAUUUGAGAAAAUCAUUCUAAUCCAUGUUCAAACAAACAAGGAGAGAUCAUGGCUACAUCAGUGUCACAGUAGAGUUAAUGUAUCAAGUUAUAUCAGUAGUGGUGUAUGUACUGACUUCAUUUCACCUUUAUAAUAUGCUGCAUAAUUAUUUAUGUUUUUUCAGUUAUGUUAGGGUAAUUGUGCAUUAACUAUAUAGUACGAAUAAAUACUGAUUUGGAAAAGCAAAGACUUGUUUGUAUAAUUUAGUAUUUAAAACAUCAGGAAUCACCAAACACUAGUCUUGUCAUUGUUCUGUCAGAGGAUUUACUUCCACACUACCAUACCUAAUGUGACCAGUAUGUAUACAAGGUUUGUGAGUUCAUUCAGUGCGAGAGUUAAUUGGUGCCAGUAAGACAUUUUGUAUGAGCUAACUGAGGUAUGUUGGAGUUUGUGUGUGUCAGUUAGUCAGUUCAUAUAUCAUCUUUAACACUCAAGGGAGUAUGCUUACUAUCUCUCUCUGCAUUCCUUGAACAUUUCCUGGUAAAAUUGAAGGCACAAAUGAAAUUAUUUGAUUGGUCUAAGAGUACAUUCCAGAAGAAAAGAAACUGACCAAUCAUAGACUGGCACAAUCCUUUGAAGAAUACAAAGGAGUGACAUCAAACUCUAAAAAGCUAGUAAAACAUGCCAUUAUGCAAUCUCAAGAUUUUUCUCAUCUUAUACACAAGGUGUCACACAUGGAGUCUUCAAUUUUAGCCCUGAAAUGUUCCAGGGGUAUAGAGAGUGAUAGUGAAUGUAACCCUUUAGAGUAUCCAGGAUGUUUAUAUAUUUGUUUGUAUGUAUUUGUAUGCAUUUUAUUGAAGGGCAUCAUUUCUGGAGUUGAAAUGUUACCACCAAGUUUCAUUGUUAAAAGUGCUAGUGUGAAUUUCAGCUGCUUGAAUGUUGCUUUUCUAUAACUUUCCUUGAUGUCAUGAAUAUGUGAGUAUAUGUCUAGUGUUUAUUUGUGUAAAUGUCUAUUUAUUUGUUGACUUUGUUUUAUAGUAUAAUGAGAAUUUUUAAUGUGUUCAAUAUUAUUUGUUAUGAAUUGGGCUACUGUUGAUGGUACAACUUCCUUUGUAAAACGGUACCAGUGUGAUUUUAUUUCAUACAACUGAUAAUUUCUGAGCCUUCAGACUCAAACUCAUUCAGAAAAAAAACAUGUAUAUUAACUGCAAGUCAACUUCUGUUUAGAUAAUUAAGAUCUGUUUGGGUAAAUACGUACAAGUUCUGGAUUGAUUAAUGAUUUGUUUCCUUUCUUUAGAGAAAGUGAAUGGAUUAUUUAAAUACAGACACAGGUGGCUGUAAAACACAGUAGGCCUACCCCGUGGCCUAUGAUUAUCAAAUACAUACAGAUGGGGUUUCUUUGAAUGUCCAGUGCAUUUACGUGGUACAUCAAUCAGAAUAUUCUAAAUAAGAGGUGCAUUUGCCUCCUAACUUUUCAUCAGAUUGAUGUUUUUAAAAAUAUUUUGACAAAAUGUUUUGUGAACAUAGGUCAACAUAUAAUUUUUAAAAUUUGUGUGAAUCUUGAUAAAUUGGGAUGAUGUUUUAUUUCUGUCAAAGGGUAGCUAAUAAUGUGAGAUACAGCUAUAUCUCAUUGCCAUGAUACAUGAAACAUGUAUAAUGAAUGUCAGUAUUUGUUAUGAUGUACAAAAUGUAGAUAUUUGUAUAUAAUUGUGGAAGCACAUUGAUUUGUAUAUAAAGGAGAAGAGAU